GUCAGGAUUAUUAUAUUGUUAUGGAAAGGAAAAAAAUUAAUUAAAAUAAGCAAGUUGUUACAAGUCGAGUCUGGAUCAACCGGUAUGGAUUCGAGUCGGGUACAGUCCGGGUCUGGAGUGAGUUACUAGGUCUGGUUGAAGCGGUCGGGUGAGGGAGACGCGUGGAGCGCAUGCGAGAGAGUGGCCGGCAGGUCGCCGGCGCAUGAAGACACGAACGACUCCGGAAUGGCGUGUGUGGUGCCGUCUAGGCUCCUUUCGAGCUUCGGUUUGCACCAUUGGCUUCGUCUCGACAAGAUGAAAGUGAUGGUGGCUCAAAAUUCAAUUUCAAGACACUAGAUGGGGCUCUGUUUUCGAUGAAUUUCUCCAAUCUGGCGUUUCUGUUCCGAACCAGACUCUGAUAUCACUUGUUAAGAAUCUGUGAGCAAAAAAAAACACACACCAAAAAAAUAGAUGACACCAGAAAUUACGUGGUUCGGUCUAGAUUGACCUACGUACACGAAACACACCACAAUCCACUAUGAAAUCGGGAGAAAAAUACAAACUCUCAAACAGCUCUCUACACUCUUCCUCACUCUCUUUUCUACAUUCUACCUCUCUUCUUUUGUACUUUUUUCACUCGCACACACCUCUCUAUGUAUAGAUGGCUGGAGGAAUUACAUUAAAUGGUGAUUGAGAAAUUACAAUAAAUCGGCAGACACAGCUCAACGCAGCUCCAGCUUGCACCAGCUUGCAUGCGGCAGCAGCUCACACACGCGUCUCUUGGCUCCAAAUACUCAAACAAUAAAUACAUACUUGAGAGAUUAAAUUCUUCUUUUUUUUUUUUUAUACCCACGUUUCACGUUGGAUCCAUUUAAGCCCAAAAAAAAAAAAACCACAGUUUGAUCAAUUGAGAAAAGAAGGUUUACCCGCCGGUCGAAUGUAGAUACAUUAAGUGACAAUAAUAUAAGAAACACCAUGUGGCAGUGCAAGCAAAACCAAAUUUUAAUAUAUGUUGUAGAUAGACUGGGUCAGUGCAUGUCAAUUGUGAUAGUGGGACGUUGCUUGGGCCCUUUCUUGUGAAAUCUAACUUGUUAGCAUGAUUGAACAAUUGCGUUCAUGAUUCAACGAACACAGCAUGAGGGUGACUGAUGAAGUUCCCAUGUUGUGGGGAGAGCAUAUCUACCACUAAGAUAACCCAAAACGCCACCCAACAGCUCAUUGAACUCAACCUUUUCCUCGCAGACCUCAGUCGCUCGCACCGUUUCUCCGAUGCCCUCCACCUGUUCGCCCAAAUUCACUCUUCCCACCGGCCCAAACCCGAUCAGUACACCCUCUCAAGCGCCAUCACUGCCUCCGCCAACCUCCGCGACGUCGCUGCUGGAACGCAGCUCCACGCCCAUGCCGUCCGAGCAGGUUUCAGAGCCUACCCCCAUGUUGGAAAUACUCUACUUUCCCUCUACGCGAAAUCGGAAGACUUGGUUUCUGUGAAAAGGGUCUUCGGUGAAAUCGAGGAUCCAGAUGUCUACUCAUGGACAACUCUGUUCUCGGCUUGUACGAAGUUGGGGCAAGCCGGUUUUGCGUGUCAGCUGUUCGAUCAAAUGCCGCACAGGAAUGUUGCAGUGUGGAAUGCCAUCAUCACGGGGUGCGCAGAGAAUGGGCAGGCAGAUAUUGCCUUCGGUUUGUUUUCGGAGAUGCACCGGUCCGGCGUUAGACAUGAUAAUUACACUUUUGCUAGUGUUCUGAGCUUGUGCUCUCUGGAGCUAGUGGACUUCGGGAGGCAGGUGCAUUCACUGGUCAUCAGAACUGGGUUUCUUGCUAGAGCUUCCGUGAUUAAUGCUCAGCUUACAAUGUAUUUCAACUGUAGGAAUGUUGCAGAUGCGUGUGCGGUGUUUGAGGAAGCAGAAGCUGCCGUGCACGAUCAGAUUUCUUUUAAUGCAAUGAUAGCAGGCUUGGUGAGCGUGGGGAGAGAUGAAGAGGCCUGGAUCAUGUUCAGAGAGAUGCAGGAAGCUCGCCUUAAACCUACUGAACUGACUUUUGUGAGCCUCAUGAGCUCAUGUUCAUCUGCAAGAGUUGGGCAUCAAGUGCAUGCCCAAGCUAUUAAGAUGGGUUACAAAGAGUGUACGUCGGUGUGCAAUGCGGCAAUGAACAUGUACUCCAGUUCCGGGGAUUUACAUGCAGCUCACCUGGUUUUUGAUAGAUUGGAAGAAAGGGAUGUUGUCUCGUGGAACACUAUACUCACAAGCUACUCUCAAGGGAAUUAUUAUCAAUUAGCAAUCUUGGCCUACCUGCAAAUGCGACAGGCAGGUAUUCAGCCAGAUGAGUUUACCAUUGGAAGUCUCUUAGCAGGCUCUGAAUCCCUACAGUUUGUUGAAAUGAUCCAAGCUUUUGUCUUCAAAAAUGGGCUCAUCUUGAAAAUCCAAGUUUCCAAUGCAUUGGUUUCUGCAUUCUCUAAGCAUCAUCAAAUCAGGCAGGCCUAUGAAAUAUUCUGUACCAUGCCAUCAAGAAAUUUGAUAUCCUGGAAUACAAUUAUUUCUGGUUUACUGUCAAAUGGAUACCCAAUGCAGAGCUUAGAGCAAUUUUCGCACCUGCUAAUGUCAGAAUUCAAGCCGAAUGUGUAUAGCUUAAGCCUGGUUUUGAGCAUAUGUGCCAGCAUUUCAGCCUUGGGAUAUGGAAAACAGGUUCAUUGCUACAUUGUUAGAAGUGGGUAUUUUUCAGAGACAUCUAUAGGCAAUGCUCUUAUUACAGUGUAUGCAAAAUGUGGAUUAUUAGAUUGGUCCUCAAGAGUUUUCAGUGGGAUGAUUGAAAGAGACACAAUCUCUUGGAAUGCCCUGAUUUCUGCUUACGCACAGCAUGGAGAAGGAAAGGAAGCUGUCCAUUGUUUUGAGGCACUGCAAGAUUCACGUGUGGUCAGGCCAGAUGAAGCCACUUUCACCGCAGUUCUUUCAGCAUGCAGCCGUGCUGGUUUAAUUGAUGAUGGUAUGCAAAUUUUUAUUUCCAUGGUUAAUAAGUAUGGCUUUAAGCCCGGAGCUGAUCAUAUAUCUUGCAUUGUUGACCUCCUAAGUCGAGCUGGGUAUCUUGAGGAGGCAGAGAAACUAAUAAACAGAGAGCAUGUUGAAGCAGAUUCCGGAAUCUGGUGGGCAUUGUUCAGUGCUUGCGCAUCUCAGGGCGACUUAAGGUUAGGAAGAAUUGUUGCCAGGUUUCUUCUUGAAACUGAACAAAAUAAUCCAACAGUUUAUGUGCAAUUGUCAAACAUUUAUGCGGCUGCAGGACAAUGGGAAGAAGCCGCUGAUGUGAGGGAAUUGAUGAAGAGAAAUGGGGUAGUGAAACAACCUGGCUGCAGUUGGAUAAGGUCAUAUAACUUAUAAGACCAUGUAUGCUAGCAGGUUGGCCAUGUAAAAGCUCGUGCUUCUGAUAUAAUCUGGGUAUCAAUGUUAAGGAUAUGGCUUGAGACAUCUCGAGUACAAGGAUUCCACAUAUCAAUAUUCGCAUCUGAUGACUGAUGAUGUGCUCUGCUAGCUAGACCCAAGCCAUGUGGGUGCAUGAAGGAUUGAGAGAGGAGAAGCAAAAAGAAAGAUAUUUACUACGCUUUUGGUUGGUAAGAAUGGAUGCAUCCAUAAAAAAUGGGAUAGAAUUGAAAAAGAUGAAAUUAAAUUUAUCUCAUCAUGUUCUUCCCUUGAAUUUUCAUUCUAUUUUAUUUAGUUCCACAAA